AUGGAAGAGCUAAUGCUGCUCAAGAAGGUCACUUACGACGACUUCCUACACCACCUCAAGUGUGAGGACAUUGCAGGGGUCGUGUUUCUACGGUCGAAGGUCGAUACAGCGGAAUUACGCUCAUUAACACUUGUGGAUGAUUUAAUUUUUGAAGAGUUUCGACAGCGUGUGGAGUCACGCGAAGGAUUGGCUAUUUUGAAGGAUCUUACUGAUCCUUAUUUCGCACUCAUUAUGGAAAACAAGGAUGACGUUUUUAUGCUUGGACAGUGGCCACUAUCGCGUGAACAAACUGAGUACACCAAUUACUUCUUUGCCCAAAAGCAAGCUGCUGGUAAUGAGAGAGAGCAAGUCUCAUCAAAGCGCACCGACGUUUUGUACGCGUAA